AUGCUGUCCAGUUUGACAACCAAGAUCGCCCUCAGAAAGGUGGGCUUAAACAGCAAAAGUUUCGAUUUCGGCGGCGGCGAUUCGACCGACUCGAAGAGCAAGAAGGGUUCCAAUGCGGGUCUCGACGACGACGUGGCGGACAGGAACUCGGGCGGCUGGCCGGCGUGGAUGUCUAUGAAGUCGUUGCCCAUCACCGUCGCGCCGUGGUUCUCCCCGCCGCCCCCGCCGGUCCCCAUCAGCGAGGUCCCGAAGAUUGGCGACCUGGCCCCGUUGGACCGCGACAGGCAGCUCGAGUUUGGCCGCGGCCGUCCCGUUCUCGUUGUCUUCCUGCGCUGCGUCGGUUGUGCUUUCGCCCAAAAGACUUUUCUUGCCCUACGGACCCUGGCCAACAAGCACGCCCGCACCCUGACUUGCAUAGCUGUCUCCCACUCCUCCCAAGCAGCGACCAACAAGUGGAUCGACAUGCUAGGCGGCGCGUGGAACGUCCAGGUCGUCAUCGACGAGGACCGCGCCAUCUACGCCGCCUGGGGCCUCGGUCUGGGCAACGUGUGGUACGUCUUCAACCCGACGAGCCAGGUGCAGGGCUGGAAGGAAAAAGGGUGGCUAGGGGAGAAGGUCGCGGGGGCCAUUCAGCGAACCGGGACGGGGGCUGCGGCUGAGGCCGCCGCUGCUGCUAAGAAGCCGCCCAUGGAGAGGCGGGGAACGGGGAUGAGCGGUGCGUCGGCGAUCAGUACUGGUGGAGAGGACGAGGCGGAAGGAGGGGCGAGUACGGUUAUGGGAAAUAAGUGGCAGACUGCGGGUGCGUUUGCUGUCGAUGGACGCGGGACUGUGGUUUGGGGUGGGAAGGCGCUGCGGGCUGAUGAUCCGAUGGAUUUGGAGACUGGGGUUAAGAUCUUGGGGGUGUAA